AUGGCUGAAGUCUUGAGAAAAUGUAAAAUUAUUAUCUGGGAUGAAUGUACAAUGGCCCACAAGCAUUCGCUUGAAUCUCUCGACAGGUCCCUAAAAGAUAUCAAAGAUAAUACUCGGCUUUUUGGUGGUGCUCUACUGCUGCUGUCAGGUGAUUUCAGACAAACAUUACCCGUCAUUCCACGUGCGACAUAUGCGGACGAAAUAAACGUAUGUUUGAAAGAAUCUUAUCUGUGGCGAAGUGUCAGUAAAUUAUGCCUUACUCUUAAUAUGCGUGUUCAACCUCAAAAUGAUCCAUUUGCGUCAAGAUUCUCUGAACAACUGUUAGACAUUGGCAAUGGUAAAAUUCAAUUGUAUGAAGAUACACAAUAUAUUCGACUCCCACAGAAUUUUUGCAACAUGGUGCCUACCAAAGAGGAGUUAAUAAAAAGUAUCUUUCCAGAUUUGCCACAUAAUUAUACUAAUCAUGCAUGGCUGCGUGAGCGAGCUAUUUUAACCGCAAAAAAUUUAGAUGUUGACGCAAUCAAUUUUAGAGUACAACAAUCAUUGCCUGGUAGUGAAAUUACAUUCAAAUCGAUUGACACUGUUGUUGAUCCUGAUGAAGUUGUCAACUAUCCUGCCGAGUUUUUAAAUUCACUGGAUUUACCUGGAAUGCCACCCUAUAAUUUGAGAUUGAAGAUUGGAUGCUUGGAUGUAGAGAUCCUGAGGAAUCAGUACUCAGAGCAGCCUCCUCUGGCACCAAUGGCAACAGUUAUUCUCCUGGGCAUCGAGUCGACCAGAGAUUGGAUAGCAUGGACGGGUACAGCAUUCCAUGCAGCUUCGACAUUAUGCCGCAAUUUAUCGACAGUAGUGAUUGACUGA